UGAUGGAAGUAAACAUAAAAACUUAGUCACUCAGAACAAGUUAAUCAUUUAAACAAUUUUCAAAAUAUGAAAAAUACGAUGAUAAGGCAUAUUAUUAUCGCUUUGGCAUUCGGAUAUCUGACAACCUAUCUGUUGAUAUAUGGCUUGCCUGAUGAUAUACCCGAAUCUCACAUGUCUGAAAGUAUUAAUGCCGUUUUACUCAAGGGUCCCCAGGACCCCAAGAACAGGUCCUGUGAGGUGCAGAUUAUUAUUAGUAUUCACAUGAACCCCAGCUUUGAUGUGGAUAAUAUGGAUAAGUUUUGGGUUCUAGAUGAAGUGUACGAUCCUACAAAAAGAUCGAAUCAGAAAAUAAUAUCUCCCUAUUUGAUAAUGGUUUCCAGGGGCGAGCCUAUCGUUAUGUAUCCACUUCAGUAUCUUAAAUCUGUGACUGAGGAAGAACUUGAAAAGGAUCCCUCAGACGAAAAAGAGGUAACCGAACUUCCACCAAUUUUAGAACAGGAGGAUGAUUUGCUCGAAUUUGAUUUAAGAAGAAAAAGAAGCCAUCAUUUAACCUCAUUGAGAAGUAAAUCCAAAGGUUCGAGAACCGCUGUAGAAAAAAGACAAAAUGUCAAUGGAGAAACCGGUAGAAAUGAUGCAAGUUAUAUUCAUGGUAAAAAUGAUGUAUCAAAUCUUGGACUAGUCCGAAUUUUUGAUCCUACUGUUAUUAAUAAAACCUUAGAAUUAUCAAACUAUUUUAAACCCGAACGGCCAGUUCAUAAAAUAAUUAAAACCAAUCAAGAAAUUAAGGAUAAGCUUAGAGAAAAACUACCACAAAAGCCAUCUUUUGAAAUUAAUUCUAAUAUUCAUAAGAUAAAAGAUGAUAUUGUCGAAAAAUUACAAGCUAACGAGCAUAAUAAUGCAUUCCAACAUAACCAAGACCUAAAAAGAUUAGAAAAUAGUAAUCUGAAAUAUAAUAAGAAAUAUCAAGACGAUUAUGAAAAUCGUAAUUACUUAAAAGCCCCCGAACAAAAUAUAAAUAAUGCUCAAGUGGGGCCAACAAACCGGGAAAAAUAUUUCCCACGGGAAUUCGAAAAUAAUGAACACUACGAAAGUGGCUUCCAAAAUGGAAUUGAAUAUGAAAGCCCUCGUAGGGAUAUGCCAGAAUUUGAUAAAAAAAAUGAGAAAAAUAUUUAUAAUUAUGAUUUACAAGCGAAAUAUAUUCCAGUUGAAAAUACAAAUCGAAAAAAUUAUUACAUGGAAUAUGCAAAUCAUGAAAAUAUUGAAUUGCAACCAAAAUAUAUUUCCGUUGAAAAUGCAAAUCGAAAAAAUUAUUAUAUGGACUCUGCAAAUCAUGAAAAUCAUGAGUUACAAUCAAAAUACACUCCAGUUGAAAAUACAAAUCGAAAAAAUUAUUAUAUGGACUCUGCGAAUGAUGAAAAUAUUGAACUACAAUCAAAAUAUACUCCAGUUGAAAAUACAAAUCGAAAAAAUUAUUAUAUGGACUCUGCGAAUGAUGAAAAUAUUGAACAACAAUCAAAAUAUACUCCAGUUGAAAAUAUAAAUCGAAAAAAUUAUUAUAUGGACGCUGCGAAUCAUGAAAAUAUUGAACUACAAUCAAAAUAUACUCCAGUUGAAAAUACAAAUCGAAAAAAUUAUUAUAUGGACGCUGCGAAUCAUGAAAAUAUUGAACUACAAUCAAAAUAUACUCCAGUUGAAAAUAUAAAUGGAAAAAAUUACUAUGUGGACUCUGCAAAUCAUGAAAAUAGUAUAAAGAAAUUUCAGAAUGAAAAAGAGUAUGAGAACGAGAAUUAUAGAACAGAUAACCAUAAGUUUAUAAAUUCUAAGGAGCCUAUAAACGAACCAAAUCAUUCUUGUUAUUCUCAACCAGAAAUGAUUGAUUACGAACCUGGAAAUGAAUACUUAGAUUAUCUUAAUAAACCUGAUUAUAAAAACAACAUGUUGGGUCAACCAAAUAUUGAAAGCUUCGACAGUAUUGUAAAUCGUCACAUAAAUCAAAACCUUGAAAAAAAUUUAAUGGACUACAAAAAUUAUUACAAGAUGCACCAACCGCCCAUUGAUUCUAAAUAUUAUACUCAAGAUCGAUAUCAUCAGGAUCCAGGCUAUGAUCCGGACUUUAUGAGCCACCUUUUAUCAUAUCAUCCAAAAAGAAAUUUCCAUAGAUCUUCGCCAAUGCGACGUGUAAAAAAUAAACCCAGAAUGAAACGUGCCCUUUUGAAUCCAGAUAAUAUAGAAGAGGUACAUACCGAGCAAUUGGCUCAAAAGCAAGUUAAUGACGCGUUAAAAAUGUAUAAUUUGAAAAACUUUGAAAUCAACGAUGAAGCAUCCUGUGAUACUUGUGGUGGUAAAAAUAAAGAAACAACGGAAAGUCCUGGUCCAAGUUUCUGCCCUCCCUUGGUGGCAACAGACAGUAAGGAUAGCAAACUCGAAGAUUUUUCUUUAAAAAUCAAUGAUGAAAUACCUUGUGAUACUUGUGGUGGAAAGAAUAAAAAAACUGGAGGAAAACCUUUACCUGGUGGUCUGGAAUCCUCGAAAGUUGAAGACGUCAAUCCCAAAAAUGAAGACAACAAAAAUGAUAAGCUUGAAAAGAAGUCCCUACCAAAAACCGCAUUCCCUCCAGAUUUUCAUGAAAUCAAAAUUGACAAGAAUAAGGAAACUUCUUUGACUAACAAUAUCCAUAAUUUAAGUAAAAUGCAUUUGAGUGAAAUCUCAAGUGAUUUCUAUUUAGGUACUACUGAAAAGGCUGAUUUAAAAUUGCCUUCUGGGUUCAUGCCAUUGGAUUUGCACUCAAGCGAUGAGAGUUCCUGCGAUACUUGUGGAGGAAAAAAUAAGAAACCAGGUGGCAAAACUCUACCUGGUGGUCUGGAUACUGAUAAAAUUCAGGACUUUCAUAUAAAGAUUGAUGACGAAAGUUCCUGUGACACGUGUGGCGGUAAAAACAAACAGCCCAGUGAAAAACCUUUUCGAGGGAGUCUGGAUUUCCCCGGUGAUUUCCAUCUACCAUUCGAUAUAUAUGGGGAUCAUUUGAAAAACCUUGGGGUCAAUACUUUACACGAAUUGGAAAAAGGCGAUCUUAAAGUUAGCGAUGAAGCAUCUUGUGAUACCUGUGGAGGAAAAAACAAGAAACCCGAUCCCAAGCCUUUGCCAGAUUCUCUGAAAGCACAAAAAUUGCAAGACUCGCAUCUUAAAUUUGAGGAUGAGGUACCCUGUGAUACGUGUGGAGGAAAAAAUAAAAAACCUGAUGGAAAACCUUUUCCUGGGGGUCCAAAAUCGGAGCACAUUGUGGAAAAAAAUAACGUUUUUAUUCCUUGUGAAAGAUGUAAAGGACACGAUAAUUGUAAUGACGAUACAUUUGUUUCUGAAACUUGUGGCUGUUUAGGGAACCCAGAUGUUUGCAAUUGCGAAGUUGGUAAAGGAACUCGAGACUCUAAACCCGAAUCUUCAACUAAUAAAAGUUACUCUGUAUUCAAAAUGAAUACUCCAGUACCCGUUUUAACAACCAAACUUCGAAUUUUUCGAAGGCGACGUAACACUUGGUGGCGUAUUGUCCCAAUUAUAACUCUCAACAGCAUGAGUGGUAUAUUUGCUAAUGAAAAUAUCUCUGUGGUUUUCACUUCUCACGUGGAUAUACUUCGAAUGGAGAAAUCAUUGGGCUUACUUAACAGCAAACUGGCUAUUCCAAAAACACAAAAUCCCACUCAGGGGUAUACCUUGAAAGAAUAUCAGGACAAUAUUAGAGACAGUGUCCUGCUCGAAGACACAGAAAAAGAUAUAUCCAUACGAGAUAUUACAAAUUCCCUGAUAUCCAAACUAAAAAAAGUGAAAGUCGAAGGAGCUAAAAAAAUUGAAGGCUUAGGAAACUUUCCAUCCUCCGGACAAGCUCUGGAGAAAUGUCCCCACAAAGACAAGGAUCUUUGUUUAAAUAUUCGCGACGAGAAGGUACCAGAAUUUAGCAUAAAAAUCAAAAUUCCCUUUCGAGAGAAUGCUUUUCUUGUUCGAGAUAAAUAUUUUGUUAAAAUUGCAAGAAUCGUAACGGAUGCCACAACAAAGGAUGCCCUUCAAAUUUCAGUUGAUGUGAUCAACAAAGGAAUGAAUUCCCAGGAGUUUUUAAUAUUUAUUGGUAAUUGCGAACAAUCCUUUGGGACAUCGGGUACCUCAAGUACCAAAAAAUUACUUUUACCUAAUGUUGGGCAAACUGUCACCUUUUUGUUACCAUUUAUUCGAGGCUCAAAGAAAAAAGGAAAAUUUCGUUGCGAUGUGGUUGUUAAGGCCGCAACCGGCAGACAGAAUCAAGAUUUGAAAGUUGGGGUUGUGGCCAAAAGGUCAAUGGAUAUUCAAAUCCACUCAAGGUGCUUCUGCGUCUGGCGGUGUCAGUGCCACUGCAUGAGCAAAUUGGAAACAUUUAUUAAUUACAAUGUCUGUGAAACAAUGAGCCGAAAAGCUCAGGACGAGGCAGGACUCUUAUAUAACUGCCCGCCUGGAAAUGAAAAACAUGAUAAAUGUAUAACGGACUUGGGUAUCGGAACGAAUGAUGAGGAACCAUGUGAUUUCUUUUGUAAACUUUUAUCCAUUUUUGUACUUAUAUUAUGGUUGCUUCUUUUUUUGGGUAUUUUAAAAGCCGUUCUGGGACUUUGUAUUAAACCCAUUGCUCGUUUUGGAUUUGACACCCUCCAGCCUGGAAGAAAGUUUGAGUGCACAUCCAAAAAACGCAUUUUUUGCAUUAAUCUUUUCUUUUUUAUUAUAUUUCUAUUUGCAUUUUGGUGCAAAUGUUUUCGACCGAAGCCUGAAGAUCUUCUGGCUGCCAGCACUGAAUGGAUUUGUAGACCGGAUAGCGAUUGUUCAUCUCAAAAAAAACAAUGCGAUGGACAAGCUAGGCUUGUCGGAGGCCAAGAUCAGAAAUAUAAUGAACGUUUCCUACAAACCUUUGGCCCUCUACAUGAAAACGGAUUGUUUUCAGAUGAAAAGCCGGAUGAUGAAGAGAGUACUGCAUUUAUUUUAGAAGUAUUGGAGGAAAGCAAAACCUCACUGAGUAAAAUGAUGAGUCAAGCUGCAGCCUAUAGACAAAAUAUUGAGGAAUCGACAGAAGACUCCGUCGAAGUAAGCGAGGCCGACGAAUUUGUUGAUACUCUAAAAAAUGCUCAAGUUGUUUACAGGACCUUAAGUUCGCCAAUCAACGGGGUAACUGAUAUUUCAUCGAAUUCUCAAUACUGUGUCAAGGGCUUCUUUUUGCCAUCAAUCAACUCCACAUAUGAGUUUCUAAGCUAUCAUCCAUUUUGUCAGUACGUGGGGAUCUCAGAAGAGAAUAUUCUCAAGAAUCAGGAGCAACCCAAAUACGUUCACACGGAUGAAUUCUCAAAAAUAUACGCCGAUAAAAUGGAGGUUUUCAAAGCCAAUGAUCUCUCAACAGUUUGUCCACAUGGUGUUCAUUGCAUAAACAUGGACAGUAACAAUUAUUUAGAAAACUCGUUUGUGAAGCUCUCGACUCAGCUAUCGCAAUUAAAAGCUAAUAAGAUGAAUGAUUAA